CAAAAUUGAUAUAAAUAAAUUGGUGGCGCAAAUUCACUCUCAAUAAACCUUACCUAAAUUUCUAUUUUAUUUCUAUUUUAUUUUAUUUUUGUUUGCUGUUUAAGGUUGCAACCACGGCCCCAUCUCUUCUCUCUCUCCAAAAUCCAAAUCCAAAUAUCUUUUCCCCAAAAAAAUGUGAAAAAAAAGAAGAAAAAAAAUUACAUCUUUUCAAUCUCUUUCAUCCCUUCAUCACAGAAUCACCCAACUCGAUCCAAUUCCAAUCCCACCAUGCCCGAUUCUCCCCAAGAAAACCAGCAGCGCCGCGCGCCGCGGCUGAUGAGCCGGAGCCAGAGGAAGCUCCUCCUCUUCUUCCUGAAAUGCGUAAUCAUGGCAAUCGUGAUGUCCCUCUUCCUCUUCUUCCUAGGGUUCGCGGCCAUCGUGCUCCUCCACUUCCUCUUCAUGUCCAACACCUUCAGCCGCCGCUGCACCCGCCUCCUCCACCCCGCCCCCGCCGAGGCGGAUCCCGAGCCGGACUUCGAGGCGCUUCUCCCCGGCGUGGCGUAUUGCCUCGCCGACUCGCCGCAGGCGUCGGACUGCGCGAUUUGCUUGGAUUCGUUUCGGGAGGGGGACAAUUGCAGGAAAAUCCCGAUCUGCAAGCAUCUGUUCCACUCGAAUUGCGUGGAUAGGUGGAUCGGGCGGAAGCCCAAUUGCCCCGUUUGUCGGACCCGGGUCGAUUUGGAUCCGCCCGGGGGCGAUCGCUGGAAGAAUCUUUGGGCGGUUAAUUUUGAGGAGGGCGCUUCUUAUUGAUGGAUGGAUUAGAUUAUGUGUAAGUUUUUUUUUUUUUUUUUUUUGAGCUGAAUGUGUAUAUAAAUAUAUAUAUAACCUCUUUGAAGAUGAUCUUGAUCUGGUUGAAGAUGUUUUAGUCUUGUUUUUAUGGUUUUGGUGAAAUGGAUUAUCACAUUGAUAUUGAUAUAAAGAAUUGUGAAUUUGUUAGAA